AGCAUCAUACCCAGUUCCCAUUUUCUUCCUUAUUGUCUCCUUUCUCUUUCCUUGACCUGUCACCAUCUCAUUUUACAUCUCUUCCUUCACAAUUCAUCAUCAAAAUAUUAUAAAAUUACACACUUUAUUUUAUUAAAAUAAACUAAAUUUUGCGAUUUGUUAGUAGAAAAACAGAGUGAUUGACAGUGAAAGUGUGAAACAAGUAUACUUUUUUGUCUGCUUCUCUGUAACCUUGUUUUACUCUCUACAUUCCAUUUCCUUCAAUUUUGUCUUUAACUUUCCACGCUCCUCUCUCUAGAUUCAUUCAUUUGUGGGGUUCAAUUCUCUUCAAAACUCUGUUUUUCACCUCUGCCAUUUUUCUCUCUUCUCCUCAGAUACCACUUUUUUCGGUGACCCUUUUGUUUUAAUUUGAUAAUUCUAUCAAAAAGUUUCAAAAUUGAAGAAAAAAAAUGAAGGAUUUCCCAUCUUGUUUUGGAGAGAAUGCAGUUCAGGUAUCAGAUUCAUCGUCUUCAAAUUCAAGCAAAACUGCACAGAAUAUGGUGAUUUGCGUCUACCAAUGUUCAAUUAGAGGUAGAUCUUGCUUAAUUACAAUCACAUGGAGUAAAAGUUUAAUGGGUCAAGGGUUUAGUGUUGGGAUUGAUGAUUCUUCAAAUCAGUGUUUGUGUAAAGUGGAUAUAAAGCCUUGGGUUUUUUCUAAGAGAAAGGGUUGUAAGAGUUUAGAAGCUUAUUGUUGUAAGAUUGAUGUGUAUUGGGAUCUUUCUUCGGCUAGAUUUGGUGUUGGGCCUGAACCGUUGGAGGGUUUUUUUGUAGGUGUAGUUGUUGAUAAACAAAUGGUUCUUCUUCUUGGUGAUUUGAGGAAAGAAGCUUUUAAGAAAUCAAAUGCGGUUCCUUUACCUUUGAAAGCGGUUUUUGUUGCUAAGAAAGAGCAUGUUUUUGGUAAGAAGUUUUUUGGUAACAAGGUUGUGUUUUGUGAUAAUGGUAAAAUUCAUGAUCUUGUUAUUGAGUGUGAUACUUCCACUGCAAAGGAUCCUUGUCUUAUAAUUCGGCUAGAUAGUAAGACUGUGAUGCAGGUGAAGAGGUUGAAGUGGAAGUUUAGAGGAAACUAUACUAUACUUGUGGAUGGAUUUGAAGUUGAGAUUUAUUGGGAUGUUUAUAAUUGGCUUUUUGGUACAUCUUUUGGAAAUGCUGUUUUCAUGUUCAGAACAUGUUUGUCUCAUGAUAAGAUUUGGAAUGCUCAACCUGUUUCUGAUGCGAAUGUUUUGCAGUGGUCUUUCUCUCAGAGGUUUUCUGAGUCCAAAUUGCAACAAGGUCUUGGUUUCUCGCAUGUUUUGUAUGCUUGGAAGAACGAAUAGAGUUGCGUUGUUUUUCCGGCGUCAUCGGUUGAGUACUAACAGAACUUUUAAUGAGUUGUGAUUGAUUUAUCGAAGAUGAGAACUUUUGUUUGUAUUGUUUCACCACUUAUACCUUUUAUUUCUCUGUGCAUUUGAACAAAUCUUAAGAAUUUUUCAUCCCUAAUGGUUGUAUAUUUAUCUUCAAGUGUUAAUUUUAUGAUUCAUAUUACAAAAACUUAAUUGUCAA